AUGACAGCUCCAUCGGAAGUGGCAAUGAAUAUAAGAAUUUUGAAGGCGCUUGGGGACAUACUGCCCGAGGGGCCUGCGCGGCAUUUUAUUGUUGCAAACACGCUGAAAAAGUUAAAAAAACCAAACGCAAUAACCGGGGAAAUGCUCUGGCGGUUUCUCUCCACGUACUACUCGGCUUCGGAGAGCCUAACCAUCCCCAACUCCUCGAGCAACUACAUCUGUUUCACGCUUGACGACUACUUAGAGACAGAGCCCUAG